AUGAUUGAUUUCAGACGGACAGAUUGCAGUAGUCUCUGGUCAGCAUAUGAUCCCGGAGCAUUCAAAUUAGAAGGACUAAGUGGUGGUGACCUUGAUAAUAAUGUCCCAUCGGUCUGUAACACACUACUACUCCAUGCCCUAGAAAGACUGUCAGUAAAUCAGCAGCCUACAGAGCCAUAUCCUAACCUAUUUGGUGAAUGUCAACUAAGUAGGCCUGCUGCUACUUAUGCGUAUCAAAAGCAGCAGUAUUCUCCGAGCAGCAAUCAUGUCUCCAGCAGUGGUCUAUUGGGGUCACAUGUACACACUUACAGUCCUGUGAGCCAAGCCCAAGUUCCCACAGUUCAGCCGAUUAGUCGAGUUAGAGUUACAACUCAAGUCAAUAAUAACAAUUACAACAGUAAACUCAUGGCGCCCAGUCUCUAUGCUAUACCUGCAUACAGUAGUGUGAGUAGUCCCCAACCAUACCCUCCGAAUCCUGGCUUUCUCAAUGGCACUCCUCCUUGUGUAGCACCUCGCGUGGGUUAUGUCUGUCGAGAGCCAUACCGAGUCUCUGGGAACACGGAGUCAUCACAGUCUUCGAACUUCAUGUGGCUCGCUAAAGCACUUUGGGCAGCUCUGGCAAUAUUAGCCAUGAAACCGACAAAACCGCCUAGACAUCAGCAGUUCUCAACCUGUUCAUCACUAAGGUCUAAGAAGUGGGACAAGGAUACUCUUGAACUCCAUGCAUGGUUCAAUGCCAUUUGUUGCCAGAAAAUUCCUCUUAACUUGAAAAAGGUGUUUUUAGCUGUACGUAAGAGGUUGGAGUAUGAUUAUGCUCUUUGUGCAUUUUGUCGAAACAAUGGAGAGUCUCCUGAGACCUACGUUACUCAUGAGGUCAAGGAUCAAGCAGGUCGUGUCACCUGCCCUAUGUUACGUGUACUUUCCUGUCCAAAUUGUCAUGCAACCGGUGAUAAUGCACACACAAUCAGUUAUUGUCCUUAUCUUAAACAAUCCUUUCAAUUUCUAUGA